UCCCACCUCACACGCUGUACUCCGGCAGCCUAAGUUGUGUGCAGUAGCAGCAGGCCCUGGCAGCCACGUCUGCUGAGAGGAAGAGGGGGUGAUAACCGUGGCUUCUGUGAGGCCUCCCUCUGUCCAGUAUUAGUAUGUGGAUCUCCGGUUCUCGGUUUCUCGUGCUCCUGCUGUUACUGUGUUAUAAUGGUUUUCUUCCCACCGGAGCUUGGGACAACGGGGAUUUGGAGCUUUUUGAUCUGGUAGAGGAGAUCCAGCAAAACUUCUACCAAUUUCUGGGAGUUGAGCAGGAUGCUUCAUCUGCUGACAUUAGAAAAGCCUAUCGUAAGCUCUCCUUAAUACUGCACCCAGACAAGAACAAGGAGGAAAACGCAGAAACCCAGUUCAGACAAUUGGUGGCCAUAUAUGAAGUAUUAAAGGAUGAAGAGAGGCGAAAGCGGUACGAUGAUGUCCUUGUUAAUGGCCUCCCGGAUUGGCGACAGCCUGUGUUCUAUUACAGGCGGGUGAGAAAGAUGAGCAAUGCAGAGCUAGCAUUUCUUUUGUUCAUUAUUUUCACAGUGGGCCAUUAUGCUGUGGUUUGGUCCAUCUACUUGGAGAAGCAGCUGGAUGAUCUUCUUAGCAAAAAAAAGAAAGAAAAGAGGAAAAAAGCUGGGGGCAAGACAUUUGAUGAAUUGAAAUUCAGCUUGGAGAAAAAUGAAAGAGUACUUGAAAAACCACAGUGGCGGGAUCUGCUGCCUUUCAAGCUUGGAAUCUGGUUUUACCUUACUGUAAAAUCAUUGCCUCAACUAAUUCAGGAUGCCAAACAGUUUUAUGCAGAGUACAAUGAGAAGAAAAUUCAAGAAAAAGAAGAAGCUGAAGCUCAAGCCGAACUAGAAACUCUUCUAAAGGAGAAGAAACCGAAAGUAAAGAAAGCAAAAUCUGAAUUUCCAGUUUAUUCAGUAGUUGAGGCUAAUAUUAAUUUACCACAAUAUGAUCAAGGAGUCAGUAUUGAGGAAAUUGAGGAUCAAGUGGACGACUGGUUGGAAAAUCGGAGCAAAAUACAAAAAAAGCAGGCACCUGAAUGGAAAGAGGAGGACCUUGGUCAGCUGACAAGAAGUAUGGCUAAGUUCCCAGGAGGGACCCCUGGUCGAUGGGAGAAGAUUGCUCACGAAUUGGGUCGAUCAGUGGCAGAUGUUACAACAAAAGCAAAACAAAUGAAGGAUGCAGUUACAUAUUCAAUAGGUACAGUUCGAUUAUCCGAUUUAAAGUGCACAACAAAGAGUGCUAAUUUAUCUGACAAUAUAAUCACACAGCGGGAAGAUUAUGAACUGGAUUCUGAAGAGCGGGAGCUCUCUGCAUCUCAAAGUGAUACUGGUGUACGAGCCCGAAAAAGAAAAAGUGCAAAACCAACAGAAGAAUCAUCAUCUAUGAAAGAGGAAGCUGAAGACAAAAUUAGGGGCAGACGCCAAAGAGACUUUGAUGAUACAGAGCAGGAAGCUGAAGAACUUGUGGAUAGUGACGAUGAAAAUAGAAAAAAAGAGAGAGGACGUACAGGAGAAGAUCUAUGGUCUCAAAACCAACAGAAACUUUUGGAAUUAGCUCUACAGCAGUACCCAAAGGGAACAUCUGAGCGCUGGGAUAAAAUAGCCAAAUGUGUGCCUGGGAAAACUAAGGAGGAUUGUGUUUGCAGAUACAAGCUGCUAGUGGAACUGGUACAAAAGAAGAAGCAGGCAAAAAGCUGAUGAUUAGCAUCUAUUUUAAAGCAUGGAGAAUGUUAAAGAAUAAGCAGUACUAUGCUAAUUGUACCUCAGUAUUUUCUUGAACAUGUCAUGUGCCUUAGAAAUAAAAUAAUUAAAAGAUCCGAAACAUUUCACAUGCUUACAAAAUAAAACUUAUUUUUUUAUACCAGA